CCCUAGUUAGCUCCACCAAGCAAUUUGGCGCCCGAUGUAACUCUACCUUUCCCGCCAAAAAGACCUCUAACCUCACCCACCACAGUUGCCGGCCAAAAGCAUACCCUCUCCCUCUCGCGGCUGUCUUACGAGGAUUCCUGUGCUACCGUCGUCAUGGCUUCCGAUUCAUCUCAGGCGAACAUUAACGACGAUCCCACUUCUCCUUAUGACUCGCAUUCGAGCCCAAUUGGAAACACACUCUCAUCGCCUGCCAACACCAGUCGCCGGAAGCGCGAGCGGCCCUCUUCCUCCAUGGCUACGCCACCUGCAUCUGCUACCCCUCGAUUUUCCACUUCCGAUUCCAGUCCAUCUCCGUCAAGUAGAAAUCCAAGAGGAAGAAAGUUCGCUUCGUCUGGUCCUACGGCCACACCUUCUUCGUCCAUUGGUGGCAGACGGGGUGUAAGUGAUGCCUCCCUUGCGCCUUCCCCAUCUUCAGAUGGUGGAUAUGACGCCCCACCAACGUAUGUUUGGGGCACAAAUAUUGUAGUUGGUGAUGUGAGUGCUGCAAUUCUGAGGUUUCUAAGGCAUUUCCGUGAAGAUUCUUCUCAGGUUGACGGGAAAUACGAGGUGUCAAUUCGCCAUGUAAUAGAGAUGGAAGGCGAAUCACUUGAAGUUGAUGCACACGAUGUGUUUGACUUUGACAUUGAUUUGUAUAACAAAGUGGUUAGAUACCCACUUGAGGUUCUAGCCAUUUUUGACAUUGUUUUGAUGGAUAUGGUCAGCAGAAUUAAUCCAUUGUUUGAAAAGCACAUUCAAACCCGAAUUUUUAAUCUCAAAGAAUCCGUUUCCAUGAGAAAUCUCAAUCCAUCUGACAUUGAAAAGUUGGUUUCUGUUAAAGGAAUGAUUAUAAGAUGUAGUUCAAUUAUACCUGAGAUCCGGGAAGCAAUAUUUCGCUGCCUUGUCUGUGGAUAUUACUCUGAACCCAUUGUUGUUGAGAGAGGGAGAAUUAGUGACCCCACACGCUGUGAGAAGCAAGAAUGCCUUGCUAGAAACUCAAUGACUUUGGUUCACAACAGGUGCAGGUUUAUUGAUAAGCAGAUAGUGAGACUUCAAGAAACACCAGAUGAUAUUCCGGAUGGUGGAACACCUCACACAGUGAGCUUGCUGAUGCAUGAUAAGUUGGUGGAUUCCGGGAAACCUGGUGACAGAGUUGAGAUCACUGGUACUUACCGUGCUAUGAGUGUUAGAAUUGGACCUACACAACGGACUGUCAAAUCACUUUUCAAGACUUACCUUGAGUGUAUUCAUUUGAAGAAGACUGAUAAGUCAAGGAUGAAUCUGGAAGAUCUUAUGGAAACUGAAAAAGGCAUGAGCAGGGAUGAGGAUGACCCUUUUGUUGACUCUAAAAAAAAGAUCGAGCAGUUGAAGAACUUGUCCAAGCAGCCUGAUAUAUAUGAAAGGUUAACUAGAUCCUUGGCCCCAAAUAUAUGGGAGUUGGAUGAUGUGAAGAAAGGCCUUCUUUGCCAACUUUUUGGGGGCAAUGCAUUGAAAUUGGCAUCCGGUGCAAGCUUUAGAGGAGAUAUUAAUGUUCUUCUUGUCGGCGAUCCUGGGACUAGUAAAUCCCAGCUCCUGCAAUACAUUCACAAGCUUUCACCCCGUGGCAUUUAUACAAGUGGGCGAGGAAGUUCUGCUGUUGGGCUGACUGCCUAUGUUGCCAAAGAUCCUGAAACUGGAGAAACUGUUCUGGAAAGUGGUGCACUGGUUUUAAGCGACAGAGGAAUAUGCUGUAUCGAUGAAUUUGACAAAAUGUCUGACAAUGCAAGGAGCAUGUUGCAUGAGGUCAUGGAACAACAGACUGUUUCAAUAGCAAAGGCAGGAAUAAUUGCUUCACUUAAUGCAAGAACUUCAGUACUAGCUUGUGCAAAUCCCAUUGGCUCACGCUACAAUCCUCGUCUCUCUGUUAUCGAUAAUAUCCACCUCUCCCCUUCACUGCUGUCAAGAUUUGAUUUAAUUUAUUUACUUCUGGACAAGGCCGAUGAGCAGACGGACAGACGCCUAGCAAAGCAUAUUGUUUCUCUGCACUUUGAGAAUCCUGAGAACUUGGAGCAAGAUUAUAUAGACCUUCCAACAUUAACUGCUUACGUGAGCUAUGCACGAAAGCAUGUACACCCACAGUUAUCAGAUGAAGCUGCUGACGAGUUGACAAGAGGAUAUGUUGAGAUGAGAAGAAGGGGAAACUUCCCAGGCAGUAGCAAGAAGGUCAUUACAGCCACACCCAGGCAAAUUGAGAGUGUAAUACGUCUUAGUGAAGCUCUUGCUCGGAUACGGUUCUCAGAUUGUGUUGAAAAGCGAGAUGUAUUGGAGGCAUUCAGGCUUCUAGAAGUUGCAUUGCAACAGUCUGCCACAGACCAUGCCACAGGAACCAUUGAUAUGGACCUCAUUACUACCGGAGUUUCUGCAAGUGAAAGGGUGAGAAGAGAAAACCUGCUAUCAGACACCCGCGACAUAGUUAGGGAAAAGAUGCAGCUCGGAGGGCCCUCGCUUCGGUUGAUUGAGAUACUGGAGGAGGUGAAGAAGAAAAGUUCUGGCAUUGAACCCAACCUCAAUGAUCUGCGAAAUGCGAUCUACACUCUUGCAAGUGAAGGAAUCGUUGUUGUCCAUGGCGAUAGUAUAAAGAGAAUAUAAUGGAACAGUAAGCUAACAACAAUGCUUUCGUACGAUGAAGUAACAUUGCAGCCUGAGCAUAGGAUUCUCCUUGCAGUCAAUCAAAGGCUGUGUGAUCUAGUUGUAUAUGGGAGACAAUUGAAGGAUUUUAGAAUAUAUUGGCAGAAGCUCCAGGCUUUUGAAUAUAUGGGAGACAAUUGAAGGAUUAUAUCUAUGUUCAUUGAGGGUCCGUUUGGUAUACGGAACUGAUGGAAUUGGAAUUGAAUUGGAAUUGAAAUUCCAUGGGAUUUAUUUCCAUAGAAUUGAAUUCUACCAAUUCCAAUUAACUUUUUACACUAUCAAUUCCAAAUCCACAUAAAUUUUGUGCUACCAAACACCAGAUUUAGAAUUGAAGUCCUCAAUUCCAAUUCCAUAGUUUGAAUUCCGUUUACCAAACAAGACCUGAAUGGAAUCCCUGAAUUUAAGUUUAGCCUUCUAAACUUUGUUGGAAAUCUGGGAGGGGAAGCAAAGUAGCAUUAGAGGCGAAUGGUAUACU